AUGAGUGCGAACAACCUCCCCCUGUCGGUUGUUUUACAAAUAUCGUGCAUUCGCUUCUCAAUCUGUUAUGUGCAUAAUCAUUUCUCCCCUCUCUCUCUCUCUCUCUCUCUCUCUCUCUCUUUUAUCUUUCACUUAUUCUGUGCGUGCAUUACUCUAGGAUCACGCCUGAUUAAUCUAUCUAUCUAUCUAUCUAUCUAUCUAUCUAUCUAUCUAUCUAUCUAUCUAUCUAUGUCAGAAACUAAGGCCUGCACAGAAGGAUGUAAACAACUUCUAUCACGCAUCCUUUCUUCUUUUACUCCCAUUUCACCCCCAACCACACUCACUAAUUUGUUACCACUACCCUCGUCUUCUCUUCCUCCUACUCCUCUUUGUAACACUCUCCACCCGACCAUCUUUCAUCUUUUAACUUUACAUCGUUUCUAUUUAAAAGAUGUUGCCCCUACCAUUCUUUCCUCCUCCUCCUCUUUUUUAUGUUGCCCCUACCUUACUUUCCCUCCUCCUUUCUUCUUCCUCCCCUAUUUUGUAAUCCCUCCCAACUAUCUAUCGCUUCCACUUCCUUUUUUCCUCUUUGUAACAUCCUUCACUCAACUGGUUUGUUUUUUUUUUUUCGUUUUUCAUCUUAUAAUUUUCUAUCUUUAUUUUUUUUUUAAGACGUUACCCCUACCCACGUCUCUUCUUCAUCCACUUCUUUGCAACAUUCUAUACACGACUUUCAUCUUCUUACGCUACGAUUCUUAUUCAAAAUAUGUUGGCCGACCUUCGUCUCCUCCUCUCCUCCUCUUCUUCAUUUUAACACUCUCAACUCAACCAUCGUUCGUUUUCUUUGUGUCGUUUUUAGUGAAAAGAUUAUAUCUGAAAAAUAAAUAA